AAUCGGUGGAGAUCACAGCAGUGUGUGGAUUGUGUUGUUUAAGCACUCCUCAGCUCUCAAUUGAGCUCUGAGAGACAUUUCUGCAAUUCCUACAUCUAAGAUUCCAUACUCCUUUUCUUUUGAGGCUCCGCUCCAUCUAUCUCAAGAUGAUCAGAAAAGAGCCUCCUCAUUCAGAAGAUCUGCCAUACAGAGCGUCUUCGUCGUCAACCUCUCCACAUGUAGGUGAUAAUGGUGGAACCAAAAUGCUGAAAGGAAGUGACUACGAAGUGUUCUUGAGCUUUAGAGGGGAAGACACUCGCAAAGGCUUCACCGAUCAUCUCUAUACUAGCCUUGUUAAUGCAGGAAUUCGUGUGUAUAGAGACAACAACGAGCUCCGUGUUGGUAAGGAGAUUGGUCCGGAGCUUCUCUACAGUAUCACGCAGUCUAAGAUUUCGAUCCCGAUUAUAUCUGAGGAUUACGCUUCCAGCAAAUGGUGCCUUCAAGAGCUUGCUCAGAUGUUGAAGUGCAAGAGAAGUGGAGAGCAAGUAGUGUUGCCCAUAUUUUACAAAGUGGAACCCUCACAAGUGCGACAUCUCAAGGGGAGAUUUGGAGAUGCCAUCAAUGCACAUAAAAAGAAUUUGGGUCAAAUGGUUGUGAAGGAAUGGGAAGAAGCGCUCAACGAAGUCAGUUCCUUAAAAGGAUGGGAAUCGGAGAAAAUAGCUGAUGGGCAUGAAGCAGCAUUAUUGAAAAGGGUCGUUAUAAGAGUUAUGAGUGAGUUAAAAAGACUUUUCCACCUAAGUGUUCCUGAACAGUUGGUGGGAACUGAUGAUCGUGUGGAACAAAUUUUGAGCAAGAUAGAUGCUAAUUUCAAUGGUACAUGGAUCAUUGGAAUUUAUGGAAUGGGCGGCAUCGGUAAGACAACUCUUGCAAAGGUGGUAUACAACAAGCUAUUUAGUGAUUUUAAGGAUCAUUGCUUUGUGGCUGAUAUUCGAGAAAGAUCUCAACGCAAUGGUAUUGUAUGCCUACAAAAUGAGCUCAUUUCUAAUGUGAUAAGAGGAUUGGAGGUGUCUAAUGUCGAUGACGGAAUCUGUGUACUUGAAUCUCGAUGUGCAAGUAAGAAAGUCCUUGUUCUUCUUGAUGAUAUAGAUGAUAAUACUCACUUGAAUGCUUUGGUUGGAGACGGUAGUUGGUUUAAAGCAGGAAGUAUAGUCAUCAUCACAACUAGAAACAAGAGUAUUCUUGACAAGGUUAGGGCUAGCCACUUGUAUGAACUUGAAAAGUUGCCUUCGGAUCAAUCGUUGAUUUUAUUUAGUAGACAUGCAUUUCGAAAUGAUAUUCCUCCAAGUGAUUAUAAGGAUAUAUCUUAUGACAUCGUAUCUAUUACCGGAGGCCUUCCUUUAGCACUUCAAGUUAUAGCUUCAUUCUUAUGUGGAAAGCCAAAGGAAACAUGGAAAGAUACGUCAAAUAAACUGAAGAGAAUUCCUGAUAAGAAAGUGCAAGAGAGGUUAAGGAUAAGUUACGACGCAUUAGAUUAUGAAGAGCAACAGAUUUUUUUGGAUAUUGCAUGUUUUUUCAUUGGAUCAUCUAAACAAUAUCUAACUUAUAUGUGGGAUGCCUGUAAUUUUUACCCGGGGAAAGGGAUUGAAGUAUUAAGUCUUAUGUCCCUAAUUAAAAUUGACAAAGAUGGCACGCUAAUGAUGCAUGAUCAACUGAGAGAUCUUGGAAGGGAAAUUGUUCGUUUAGAACAUCCAAAGAAGCUUGGAAAUCGUAGUCGGAUAUGGACUAAUGAGGAAGCUGAAGAUGUGCUUGAGAGCAACAAGGUAAGAGUUUCCUCUAUUUAUCUUAUAGUCAGUGAAUGUUAAGUCCAUCUUCUGUUUCUUAUUAGAGAUGAAAAUUGAUGCACCAAA